AUGCUCUCCAGCCUGGAUGACUGUGUGGUAGAGGCUGGCGUAAGGGCUCUGAAGAUGGUCUACCGGUCUCCUGAGGCUCCCAAGGCUCACCGCCUGACAGCAGACGCCUUGCAGCGCUUGGUGGUGCUCCUCUCAUCAGACAACCGCAGCGUGGCUGAAGUGGCAGCGCGGGUCUUGGCUCGCUGCUGCGAUUCCCCAGAGCAGAAAAUGAUGGUGGCGGAGGCGGGGGGACUGGAGGGGUUACUACGGCUGAUGGCAACGGGGGAGUUGCCGCGAAAAGAGGCGGCGGUAGACGCGCUGGCGACGCUGACAUCAGGCAGCGAUGACAUCAGCCGCCGCGUCGCUGACUCAGCGCACGUGACAUCACAGCUGCUGCCGCUGCUCAAAUCGCCGUCCGCGCGCGUGCGCUUCCUGGCCGCCUGCUGCCUCACCAACCUUGCCCCCGCCCUGCCCUCCACCAGCUCGGCGCCCUCCCAGUCCGAAGAGGAAGUGAGGCGGGCGGUGCUGCCUGUACUGGCGAAGCUGCUGGGUGAGGUUGAGGUGUGGGAGGAGGUGCCGCAUGUGCUCAGCCGCCUGCUGGCCGACAACCCCCAGCUGCAGGCAGCCGCGGCCGACGCCGACGCCGUCUCCAAACUCGCCAGCUUCCUGCGCUGCGACGACUGCAGCCAGCGCCUCAAGGAAGGAACGCUGCGAGCGCUGAGCACACUGUGUGCUGACCGGGAGGCCAGCAGGCGCCAGCUCAUCGACGCAGAAGCCAUGGGCGCCAUAGUGCGGGCGCUCGAUGACACAUCCCCACAGGUGCGACUGGCGGCGUGCGGCUGCGUGCGCGCAAUGUCGCGAAGUGCCAAGUCCCUGCGGGCAUCGCUGGUGGAGCAUGACGUGGCGGCGCCGCUUUUUCGAAAUUUGAACGAUGCCGACCGCGACGUGCGCAUCAUCGCGUCCGCCACCCUCUGCAACCUCGUCCUUGAUUUCUCCCCCGUGAAGCAAGCGGUGCUGUCGGCCGGCUGCAUUCCGGCGCUGGCGGCCCUGGCGGCCAGCCCGGACGCGGAGCUGCGCCUGAACGCGGUGUGGGCGCUCCAGAAUCUGGUCUACACCGCCCCGGCCGAAGUGCGCGCUGCUGUCUGCAACGCGCUGAGCUGGCGCGCCGUCGUUGACCUCACCAAUGACAUGCAGACCGAGGUGCAGGAGCGAGCGCUCAACAUGCUGCGCAACCAGUGCGCCAAUCUGCCGGACAGAGACGCAGCCAAGCUGGUGGAUAUGUUGCUCAACUGGAGCGGCGGCGAGCUGUCUGGCCUGCUGAUUGCGCGCUCGGACCCUGCCGCCUCACACCCAGUCUCCCACCGCGUUCAGGCUCUCUACACCCUCUGCAACAUUGCCGGGGCCGGGGAGGAGAAUUCGCGCGACGGCAUGAUGGCGGCUGGCUUGGGCCCACACUUGGGGCGGCUGCUGGCGGAAGGCGGCGAGGAGGUGCGCCUGGCCGCAGUGUGGGCCGUCAUCAAUCUGACCAGCGCCGACGACGCGCGGCCGGGAGCGGCCAAGCGCGUCGCCGCCCUGCGCGAGGCCGGCGUGUCCGCGGUGCUUGCAAACCUGUCGCAGCAGUCUGAGGAUCUGGGCAUCGACCUGAGGGAGCGGCUGAAGACAGCGCUGGACAACUUUGUUGCGCAUGACAUGUUCACAGAGUAG